UUAGAUGGUUCCUGUCUAAAAAAGAAAGAAAAAGAAAAACCACAUCACUUUUAACCAGUUGGUUAUAAAGAGUUUUUGAAAUUAGACAUAGGUUUGAGCAUUAUACUAACUUUGGGUUAAGAGAGUUUGAAAUAUCAUUGGCACAUAAGGCUUGGAAAGAUGGUAGAUGAGAUAUUUUUUGUGGCUUCAAGAAUGCAGAAGUAGAUGCUCAAGUCCUUAUUUCCUCCUCUUGACUCACUUAUCAUUAACAGUUAACAGUUCUUCAAAUCCAGCUGUGUGACCUUGGGCUAGUCAUUUUCUCUCAUCUUUAGGAAGGAGGCAAUGGCAAGCCCUUCUGGGGGAGGGGGGAACCCUGCUUGUCCAGGUAGUCUCUGAGAAUUGGACAUGACUGAACGGAAGAUGGGUGGAUGGAUGGGCAGACAGGCAGACAGACAGAUGGCAGGCAGGCAGACAUCUGCCCUCUCAACCAUGUGACUCAGGGUGGCUAACAAAAAUUAAAAAACAGGAAAUAGACCAAAAAAUUAAAACACAUUGCACUGAAGACAAUGCAUAAGUCAGAUCUUCAGAGUGUAAUACAUACUAGCUUGUUGUGGGAAAUUCUGAACUGAAACCCUCCUUAUUAUCCUAGAAGGCAGAUUUGUUAUUACCCAGAGUACUAUGGGGGCACUUUUAAAGUCUGUAAAAUAACAUUACAGCAGCUGUCGUGACUUCAACAAAUGUUGAAAGUUCUGAGCAAAUUCUGCAGUUACACCACAGAGGCACAAGUUGUUGUUUUUCAGUCCCUAAGUUGUGUCCAACUCUUCGCGACCCCAUGGACCAUAUUACGCCAGGCCCCUGUAUCAUCCACUGUCUCCCAGAGUUUGCCCAAAUUCAUGAUCAUUGCAUUGCUGACACUAUCAGAAGCACAAGUUUUGGCAUUAAAUUAGGUUCAACUUUUUUUUAAAAAAGUAUAGUUUUACUUGCAUCUGGGUAAAUGCUCAUAUUUUCCAACUAUUCUUACCAUGGACAGUCCCUAAUUUGAAGAAAUCAUUACUAGUAAAUCACUGUUCUUAUUUUGGCUUUCCCAGAGACUGGGGGUUGCCUUCUUAAAAUAAGCCCAGGAUGUCACCCCCAAUGGCAUAAUAAAAUAACUUGCCUGAGCGGAAGUUACUACAGCACAAAAAGUAUACAGCAAUGGUAUAUAAAAGGUAGACUGCACUCCAUCUCAUUAUGCUUGCUAGUCUUUAUGAUUGUUGGAACAAAUGCCAGAUGAAAUAAGCUAUUAUUUCAUCCUUUUAAAUUCUUAAGAUCAAUAUUUAGAUAGAUUAUACCUUUAGUGGUAAAAGAUUCUAUGUUCCUAUUGUUACUUUGUAAACUGAAAUAUCUAAAUUCACCUUGCAGAUUCAACGACUGGAUUCACACAUUGUGCCAAGCCAAUUUUAAACCAUGGUUUGCUGAGUAAACAAUAAUUCAUUGGAUUCACAUAACAGACUAAGCUAUAGUUUUAAAUCAAGGGGAUAAGUCCACUUAGUGCACCAAGUUGAAAUAAAACAAACAGCAUCCUGGUUGGUCUCUAAUGCCUUCUAAUAAGAUCACCUUGAACGGAAAUAAUCAUUUGUAGGAUCAUCAUCAUCUCCAUGUUUGCAAAUUUGCCUUAAACUUAUAUUUUUAUCUUGUAUUUUAUUACCCAACUAUAUCCUUCGUGUUGGAAUUCCAAAGGGAAGAGAUGGAGAAUCUUUGGCAAUUAAGAACUAGACAUCACUUUUUUUGGAUAGCAUAACUCCAUUUGAUUGGGCCAUGUUAUCUGCAAGGGCAGAGCCAAUAGAUGUAUAUUUUCUGGCUUCUGGGGAUGGAUAUGUUUUUAUUUCUUUGCUUUGCUUUUCAGUGUGAUUAAUAUGGCCUCUCUCUUUGAACCAUCUUUAGCCAAGAAAUUUGCGGGUUUAGUGAAGACAUGGUGCAGCACAGUAACUAAGAAAAUGGACAGUUAUAGACUAAUCUAGAAAAAAAGGAAUGAGUGCCUGCCUGAUUAAAAUGGUCUUCCAAAAUUAUUUCGAAGCAGAUGAAGAAAGUGCGAUUAGAACCUCCAUGUAAAACAGAUCCACAGUUUUGAUAUCAGACCUUGAAGAAUGCCUUGACUCUGCCCCAGCACUAAUGCCAUCAAAGGAAUAAAAUGCUGAACACUAUUAACACUUUUAUAAUAUAGUUUUCAGAUGGUUGUUUCCUUAAUAGAAACUAAGGUGAGUAAUCUGGCAUAGGCUAAAGGCAGACUUUAUGCAUUAGAUUUACCACCAGAGGUUGGGGGCUCUUAUUUGUAAAUUGAAAAAUAUGCAAAUGAAGAAACAAGUAAGUUUCUUGAUACGGAAAUGUAGUCAGCAGGAAGCAGUGAAGUUUCGGUGGCUGUGGGCUCAGAAACUCUGCAAAGUAUGCAGUGUCCCUGGGGCUGCCUACCAGAGUUAGUGGCUCCUGGAGUAUCCAAGGAUUUGUGCUGGGGUCCAAACCUGGGGAUCCUGCUGAGGAUUUCAUCAUGGCAGAGCCUCAAUCUUCUGAUCUCAACAGCCAAGUAAAAGGAACUGAAAACAAAAAACGCUACAGUGAGAUUUUCCGAAGUUUGGAUGCCCUUGAAAUUUCAAUUGGAAAUGCGGCAAUUGAAAUGUUUAGUGAUGAUGCUGAUGACAACAGGAAUGAAUCUUCAAACUCACAGUCUGAAAAAGUACAGCCAUAUGAACUUUUCUGUAAACAUGAAAGAAAUUUGGAAGCAGCAGAUCCAGCAAAUAUGUCAGUUGAAGAAGCUGAUGAGAUGCUGAUCAAAUGUGAAGGUGGUGUAGAAGCAGCCUUAAGAUAUGCCAAAAUGUGGUGCAAAUACAUCAAGGAGCUGUUGAAUUGGAUUGACAAACGUAUUUCUUAUGAAAUUGAAUUUGCAAAGAACAUUCUGAAGAUAGCAGAAGCUGGAAGAAAUAUCAUUUUUCCUCAGAAUGGUAUGCCUCUCCAGACCCUCUACACCUUGGUUAUGGAGCAUGACAUAAAAGCAGGGAAUGUAGCCAUUGAAACAGCUGGAACUUUGCAUCUGAGAGAAUAUUAUGAGCCUCUUUGGGCCAAAAGGAAUGAAAUUGAGAAAUGGCGGAAGGAAUUCAAAGAUCAGUGGCAGAAAGAACAGAAAAGGAUGAAUGAUUCCUUGUCUUCGAUGCGCAAAGCUCGCCUCCAUUACCUCCAGCGCUGUGAGGAUUUGGAAAAGGCCAAAGUGCAAAGCGCCAAAGCAGAAGAAGAGUUCCAGGCUGUCACAAGUAGUGGAAACAAGCAAUUGGAAAAACGGCGACGUUAUCGAGAUGAGGUUCAGACAAAGGUUCAGGAAUCAGAAGUCACAUAUAGAAGCUGUGUUUCUGAAGCCAACAAUCGUCGUUUGGAGUUGAAAAAAGUCCGGGAGAGAAUUAUCUCUCACAUUCGCAAGCUAAUGUAUCAAGGAGAUGAAAUGCUGGUGAGGGUCUCCUUGAGGAUGUUCAAGCUACAGCAUGCUCAAGCAGAACGAAUCCCUGUAGGAUACCAGAACUUGACUGAAUUCUGCAAGCCCUACAAGAUUGGUGAAAAAUAUCUGGAAUUUAUUCAAAAACUGCCCAAAAAAGAGCUUCCCGUUGAGGUGUACAGAUUUGAAGAAUUUGCAAAUUCUUCAGGGCAGAGAUCACCCUCUUCUGGUAGAAGAAAAAAUAUUGCACCUGGUACUCGAAUUUAUUCAUCAGCUGCUGACCUCAUCAGCUUAUCAGAAGAAACUCAUGGAAAGCCAUCUUCCUCAAGCAGUGAGCAAAGUGCCAACCAAUCUUUCUACAGUGACACAGAGAGCUUGGGAGGGAGCACUGAAUGCCAAUGCUUGGAUUCGCCCACAUCUAGCCCAGGCCACAAGACGUUGCUGAAAGCUCCAUCCACUGGAACUGUAUCCUCUUCAGAAGACUGUGAAGACAAAGAUUUGAUACAAGCCUAUGACAAUGAUCUAAAUGAUGUUGCAUCUGAAAAUGGCUUGUCCAAUUGCCAGUUUAAAAAAAUAAUCCUGUCAAGUGCUGCUCAGACUCAUCGGCUGAGAAAACUGAGGGGCCCUUCAAAAUGCAGAGAGUGUGAGAACUUCAUGGUCAGUGGUACUGAAUGUGAAGAAUGCCUGUUGGCCUGCCAUAAAAAGUGUCUGGAGACCCUUCUCAUCAAUUGUGGUCAUCAAAAACUGCCAGCCCGGGCAUCGCUAUUUGGAAUUGACUUCAGCGAUGUGCCAAGGGAUUUCCCAGAGGAGGUGCCAUUUAUUGUGAUGAAAUGUACAUCGGAGAUAGAAACUCGUGCCUUGGGAGUGCAGGGAAUAUACCGCAUUAGUGGGGCUAAAGCACGCAUGGAGAGAUUGUGCCAAGCCUUUGAGAAUGGCCGAAGGUUGGUGGAGCUGUCAGAACACUCACCCCAUGACAUCACUGGAGUCCUUAAACAUUUCCUUAAGGAGCUUUCCAGCCCUGUGCUUCCAUAUAAACUUUAUGAAGAUUUCAUGACUUUCUCAAGAAAUUUGCAGAAAACUGAAAACAGAACUGGUGAUAAUUCUGAGACAGAUCCCAUCAAGACCACCAAGGAUUUGAUGAGCAAAUUACCAGCAUCAAAUUAUAAUACUAUAAGGCAUCUUAUUGCUCAUCUAUACAGGGUGGCUGAAAGAUAUCAGGAGAACAAGAUGUCCCCCAACAACCUGGGCAUCAUCUUCGGCCCUACUCUAAUCCGCCCUCCCUGUAGUAACAAUGAUGUGUCCUUGUCAUGCCUGGUGGAUUCAGGAUACCAGUCCCAGCUGGUUGAAUUUCUUAUCCUGAACUAUGAAAAGAUAUUUGGGAUGGAUGACCUGCCUUCAGCUGGACUUUUUGACUGUGAAAACUCUUUGAAACAGGCAAAUACUAAUGACGUUCUUUCAAGCAACCAAAGACAUUCCGGUGCAUCUUUUGAGAGCUCUGCUUCCAAGCUAUGUUUGGGUGAAGAUGACUGUAGAAGUGAGGACAGUUCCUUCACUGAGGUCAAACAGAAAGACAGCAUGGAGCAAACCGUCAACCCCGUAGAGCUGAACAGCACAGAUGACACAGAACUGCAAGACUUUAUACUUGAUCCAGAAGUUACUCUCAAUCCUCAAUCCAGGGGACGCUUCAGCCGGAUGCCAGUGAAGCAUCCUCGUACCAUCAUCCCCAAAGUUUCCAGUCUGCCCCUGCUGGCUGCUGUUCUGUCUAAUUCAGAGGCAGCCAGCAGUUGGUUGGAGACAAGUCCCAGUAGUCGCAGUGCCUCACCUGACACCUCUGGAAAGCGUAAACAUUUUAAAAUCACACCAGAAACUGCUAGGAUUGUCUCCAAGCUGCAGCCUCAAAAUGGAACACAAGAUUAUUAUCAAGCUCAGCUUGGGGCCGCUCUCCAGGAAAAGCCCCUGGAUGCACUGGGGAAAAAUAAGUCUGAAUCCCAAGCUAAAAUAUUGCUUGGGAAAUGAACUGGACAAAGGUCUAGAAUCCCAGUUCUUCACAAAACAUCAGGGCUCUCUAGUGUAUUUGGAGAACAAACAAACCAGCCCUGGAAUGAGGUAUUUAUAUAACUGUUUCUGAAGAAAGGGGUGAACUAGAGCUGAGCUGCUGAGAUACUAGAAACUGUAAACCCCGUGAAGCCGGCUUUCAAACAGGGACUAUGACCACAAAGGCAGAGUGGAGGAGCAAAACAUUUCUAGGGAAAGUGGUAAGAAUUUCGCAGAAAUGGACAGAGCCUUGGAAAUAAUUGGUAUACCUGCUCCCAGUGGCCAUAUUUGUGCAGUAUGUUGACACAGGAUGUGAGCGUUCAAGAUGGUUCAGGGUUAUGUUUGACAAGAAUAAUGUGACUGUGUUGAAACCACGUGAUGGAAGAUUCGAUCAGAUUACUACCAGAAAAAUGGCAUAUAUCUUGAAAGUUUAAAAGUAUCAAAAUGAUCACUAAAGAAAGAUAAAUUCUAUGAAAAUUGAAAAUGAAAACAAAAAAAACACCCUUUGAAAUCUUGUAAUGCCAUUUUUCUAGGUUCAGAAAACAUGUUUAGACAUACAGUAUGAGCCCUGGAAAUGUACUUCUUUUAAAAACGAAA